AUGGCUCCUUAUCAUAUAUGCAAGUAUCAGGAGAGUGACCAAAAAACUGUCCUGGACUUGUUCUCCAGUGGCCUGUUGGAGCAUAUCCCUACCACCUUCCACAAAAUGCUGAUUCUGCCCUAAACCCUUCUGUUCCUACUUGGAGUGCUCCUCUCCAUACUCUUGGUCUCUGGUUCCUGGCUCCUGGUCAUUGUAUCCAGCUUCAUUCUGCUUGUUUUCCUGUGGUUCCUUGCCAGAUAUACUUGGAAGGAUCAUGUGAACCUAAGUUUGCGCACAGACAUGGCUGACAUCACCAAAUCCUACCUGAGUGCAUGUGGCUCCUGUUUCUGGGUGGCCGAAUCUGGGGGGCAGGUGGUGGGCAUUGUCUGUGCUCUGCCAGAGGAGAAGCCUGCUCUGGGGAGGAAGCAGUUGGAACUGCGCCAUCUCUCUGUGGCUAUGGAGCAUCGAGGAGAGGGAAUAGGGAAAGCCCUGGUCAAGACUGUCCUCCAGUUUACCCAGGACCAGGGCUGCAAUGAAGUCAUCCUUUCCACCAGUGUGCUGCAGUAUGCUGCCCUGGGCCUCUACCAGGGCAUGGGGUUCCAGAAGACAGGCCAUUCCUUCUAUACCCGGUUUUCGAGGCUAAGGGGUACACCUUUAUUUCAUCUCACAUACCGCUUCCCUUCUGCUCAGGAUGGGAUCCUGUGACCUCUUACCUUAUGGAUCAGUC